CGAACAUUCCAAUCCCUUUGCCUUGCCAUAUCCCGGCCAUCAUCAUCCAUUCCGCCGCCCGCCUGAUGGUCUGAUGGAUAUGGGCUGCCAACAGUGGAGCUAGUGUGUGGUGGGGAUAUUGGGCUGGACCGAAUAAAACUACAUCCAGAAAUAUUGCGGGCCUAAUUUUCGUCAUUGUUGCAUUGAAGUGAACCGCUUCCAACAUCAGCAUCCCAAUAACAAUCCAACUCGUGAAAGCUGCUCAACACUAACGGACAAUAGAGGAGAAGAAAAACGUACUACUGAGUAGGGCCUUACUUCAAAGAGUACCGGCAAAGAACGAGAAAAAAAUUACCAAAGAAAACAACAUACAGAAACUCACCUCCAAAGGCCACACCACUAAACAACGGUUCGAUUCAUAUCUUUAUAGCGGAAGAAAAAGAAUCCCGCCUUCUACAUUAGUCAACUUACGUGCUAAGUGGGCAGUGUGUUCAGUGCAAAGAAUAUAUCGCAAAUCGUGCUACUUCUAGCUGGUCGCAGUCGACGCUGGUUUUUAAUCGUUGACCAAAUAUCGUCUGUCAGAAUCUGAAGAUAGUUCCCGUGGCCUUAGAGCUUCGUGAAACAGCAAUGACGCUUGUUGAGCUGUACUCCUCUUUUCAAUCCAAUUCGUCCGGCACUAGCUCGAAUGGGAGUGGUGCCAAUUCCCUCGUUUCGUCUACUUCUUCGGCCGGUGGCUCUAGUGGAUCGGUAGUGGCAGAUAGCAACGGAUUGGUUGCUGUUAGUUCGGUGCCGGCCUCAUCCAUUGCCGAUUCCACUUCCGAGCCCGUCGGAACGAUGAUCGCUGCAUCGCCGACUAUUGCUGCGUGUGUGAGUGCUUCGAUUGUGCCAACGGCCACGGUUACUGUGGCAGGGGCCGUAUCACCUGCUUCGUCGAGUGGAGUUUCGCUUUCGCCACGCCCGGAUCAACUGGGUUCGAAAUCGUCACCGUCGCCAAGUAGCAGCAUGUUUGCGGAAAGCUUCAAACUGGACGACAUGCUGGAGCUGGAAAAUGUGGCCAACGGGAGCUUGAGCGAAAAUGGUUCUACCGGUUAUCAGCUGGACCACGGAUCGCUGUCUGAUUUGAUGGAUCAGGAUUGUUCCCUCUGCCAAAACAAAUUCACAUCACCUCGCGUCCUGUCCUGUCUCCAUGUUUUCUGUGAACCGUGUCUGGAUAAGCUUUUGGCAGAGGGCGGUUCCCUGAACACUGGGGGCGAGAAGAAGCAAGAUCUGCUCGGUGGCGGCGGUGGAACUAUUGCGUGUCCUAUCUGCAAGCAGGCCACCGUUGUUGGUACUAAGGGUGCAGCCGGAUUGCACCAGGACUACAUUCUCAGCAACGUGCUCGACCUGUCCACCAUCGAGCCAUCGCAGCUGGCUUGUACCUCAUGCAAGAGCAAAGAGAUGGCCAUAUCGCGCUGCAAUAACUGUGCCAACUUUUUAUGCGACAGUUGCGAGUAUGCUCACCAGCAUAUGCGCUGCUUCGAGCACCAUAAGGUGGUGCAGCUGAACGAUCUGCGCAAAUCAUCGGAAAAGGUUCACAAGACGCUGUACUGUAGUGUCCAUCCAAUUGAGAACUUAAAGUAUUUCUGCUUUAAUUGUCAAAUGCCCGUCUGUAACGAGUGUCUACUCGGUGAGCAUAAGGGUAGUGAUCACAACUAUCAGAUCAUCAGCGAGGCCGAAAAACCGAUGCGCCAGGAGUUGGAAAACUCGAUGCGAGAGGCAAAAUCGAAGAUCGAGUAUUGCAACCAUGCAUCGAGCAAACUGGAAUCAUCGCUGCACGAGCUGCAAAGCCAAUUCGAGACGGCACGUGGAUUGAUUAACGAAUCUUUCCAAAGUUUCAAGGCCGUGCUGGAGCAAUGCUGCGAGAAUGCGCUAAAGAACCUUGAGAAGCUACACUCUGAACGCGAACUCAAGAUCAUGGAUCUGUACGAAAACGUGGAAAAAUCGGUGGAGAAGAUCGAAGUGGCCACGAAGUACGCACGCAAGGUGUUGGACCAGGGCAACGGGCCGGAGCUGCUGAGUUUGAAAAACAUGAUUUGUAAGCAGCUCGGACUGCUUAUGGGCACUGCACCGAAGGUGGAUGUGAACUUUUCUAUUGAGUUCCAAAGCAACUACGAAAAGUUCGAGCAGAUCGUGCCAGAGCUGUUCGGUUCAUUCCGCACCGAAGCAACACUGCUGGCAACAACAAACGAAACGACUCCUCCACCAACUCUGCCAGGCGUACCGAUCAUGGUCAAUGAUGGUCAGCCCGCUGGCAGUGGUGGUGUCGGCGGUGUGAGCUGUGGGCUGACACAAGGACCGCUAACGGCGUCUGUGACGGCGAGUAGUCCGAUUUCGUUACCCACAUCGAUGCAAUCGUCGUUCGAUGGGGACAUGUCGACGCUCGGUGCCGGUGGUUACAUGUUACCGAACGUGUUAACUCCAGAGCCAUCCAAUGGGCCCACCAGCGGUACUGCUGCUAUUAGCGCUAAUCCGCUAGCCGGUA